AUGUGGGUAUGUCUUAGUUACAGGAAUUCUGAGACUCCGGCGGAGAAUCGAAAGUCAUCGGCGUCGCCGGAGAAAGAAGAGAGGUUUUAUACGACAAGAGGGUCAGUGGUGGGGUUGGAGGAGAAUGGGAAGGUUUCAGUGGAAGGUGGUGGAGGACAAGGAGGGGAUGAGAAUAGAGCUCUUGUUUGGCCAAAGCUGUACAUUGCUUUGUCAAGCAAAGAGAAAGAGGAGGAUUUUAUGGCCAUGAAAGGUUGUAAGCCUCCUCAGAGACCUAAGAAAAGGGCCAAAAUCAUCCAAAGAACACUUCUUUUGGUGAGUCCAGGGGCAUGGUUAACUGACAUGUGCCAAGAGAGGUAUGAAGUGAGGGAGAAGAAGAGCUCUAAAAAGAGACCAAGGGGGUUGAAGGCCAUGGGAAGCAUGGAAAGCGAUUCAGAAUGA